ACGUAUUCCGUCAGUAUUUAAGAGAAACUGCGACCCUCUGAACUCAUUCAAUUUCUACACAAAAACAAGAUAAGAUUUUAUAGUGAAUUACGUCGAUGUCUGAUUAAUGGCGUUAAAAUCGGAGGACGGAUUUUUCUGUCAACAGCAAGUAGGCUUUACGAUGACUAUUUUUACCUUAUUAGCCAAUGGAUUUCCUCAUUGUAUUGCAGCGGUAAGACAGCGGUGCCGAUUUCAUUAUCUCUACCUCACGGACGACAACAAAGAGUGGAACGUGGUUAAAGACAACUCUCCUACAGCUUGGGCCACGAGGAGACUUGUGAGUUUACCUCGAAGCUGCGGUCUGCUUUGUGGGUGACGGAGUGCGACAGUGACAGUGGAAAUGGGGUGCACAGAGGAAGACUUCCCAACAAACUGCCUCAUGCGUGCUUGCACACUACACUGUAAAGCAAGAAUGGUGUGUGCUUCUAGCAAUGAAGAAAGCAUGACCAACUCGUGCAGCAGUCCGAAGAAUUCCAGUUCCGUGUUGGCCAGAUCUGUUACUGUCGUCUGGUCGUAUUCCAAGAUGCUUCAACAGCUUCUGUCCUUUGGACUAGCCAGAGGCAAGUACUGGUGGAAUUCAUUGGUCAGCAGUCUGAAAAAGUUUUCAGAGUACGCAUACUCCUCUCUAGGUUUUUCAUCAAAAAUCAAAGGCAUAACUAUGGAGUUGAUCCAGUCAACCUCUGUAGAGGCCUGUAAUACAGGCCUCAAAACUGCUAUGCUACUAGAGGGCAGGGCCAUGUCGAGAAGCAGUGGUUUCAUGGCUGGUUUAAAGGCCUUGCCAUUCAGUGGCACUCCUAUAGGAAACAUGACUGGAAGUAUGACAGAAACUACUAGUUGUCAUCAUAAAGAACAUUUGGCUAAGCUCGUCCCUUCAUGCACAGGCCCUGUUCUCAUGACCUGCAGUGCUCAAGACGAGGAGGUGCAAGUUGAAGGCAAUGUGUCUGAUUGGUACAAAGAUUUGGAUACCAUAGAUUUGUCAUCAGGUGCGUGGUUAGAUAUCCAUUGUGUCGUUGUUGAUGGACAGCAGACCAGUUAUGAAACUGGAGAUGAGCACAUUUUCUUUCCGUGUACAUCCGAAGAUGAUGGUGCCUGGUCUGACAGUGAGUGGUCCAGUGACUCUGAGGACGAAGCAGACAUUGAAAGUACGGACAUUGAUGAUGAAAGUGAACAGCUGUGGAAUUCCUUUUUCCUAAAUGAUCCCUAUAAUCCAAUGUGCUUUUCUAAUCCCAUAGGAAGUUUUCCAAAAUAUGAGGAAAAGGGAGAGUUUAUAUGUAGUACAGCAAAAAACAGUUUUGAGACGCUUGUUGACUGGGACACUAGUAAAUGUGAAAUACUUGAUGUGGACAAGGAAUCUGAGUUUGAGACACUGGAGAAAGAGAAACAACUUGAGAAGUCACAGGAUCAAAGAAGCAAAGUUUUUAAGAAGGUCCGUUUCUCUGAUGAAGUCAAAGUGCACCACAUGAUAGCUUGGGACUAUGCCUAUCGAGCAGCUCGCAAAGGACCGUGGGAGCAGUAUGCACGGGACCGUUGCCGCUUCCAGAGGCGAAUUAAAGAAACUGAGUUUGCAGUUGGCUACUGUUUCCUGCCACAACACAGGGAGGAGGCUUGGAGAAGGCUUCAAGCGGCACAUAUGCAGACUGACUGGACCUGAAAAUGGGUGGGAUGUAGCAGCUUGUGCACUCUGACUUUUAAUAUUUUGUGUGUAAUACUUUGUAGCUGGCUACUAUUGGUAUAUUUACUGUAUUUAAAUCAAAGUUUUUUUCAAUAAAUGGCAAAAGAUUGUUUGACUUGUA